CGAGCGUCUCUUCCCCACGCUCCCUUCGCGGUCCACCUCUCUCAGCUCCGCAGAAUUAGCUCUUGGGCCUUUAAGGGGCGGGGCCUACUGGCAGCUCGCAGGUUGCGUCAUCACCUUGAGCCCCGAGCCUUGGUUCUCCACGUGGAUUCGGUGGGAUCAUGGCGGAAGCCGAGGCCCCACAGCCGCAGAAGCGCUACUACCGGCAGCGGGCCCACUCCAACCCCAUGGCGGACCACACGCUGCGCUACCCUGUGAAGCCAGAGGAGAUGGACUGGUCAGAGCUCUACCCAGAGUUCUUCGCUCCACUCACUCAAAAUCAGAGCCACGAUGAUCCAAAGGAUAAGAAAGAAAAGCCCGCUGGGGCCCAAGUGGAGUUUGCAGACAUAGGCUGCGGCUAUGGUGGUUUGUUAGUGGCACUGUCCCCACUCUUCCCAGACACCCUGAUUCUGGGUCUGGAAAUUCGGGUGAAGGUGUCGGACUAUGUACAAGAUAGGAUCCAAGCCCUCCGUGCAACUCCUGGAGGUGGCUUCCAGAACAUCGCCUGUCUCCGUAGUAAUGCCAUGAAGCACCUUCCUAACUUCUUCUGCAAGGGCCAGCUGACAAAGAUGUUUUUCCUCUUCCCUGACCCACAUUUCAAGCGGACAAAGCACAAAUGGCGAAUCAUCAGUCCCACACUGCUGGCAGAAUAUGCCUAUGUGCUGAGAGUUGGGGGCCUGGUAUAUACCACAACUGAUGUAUGGGAGCUACACCAAUGGAUGUGUACCCAUUUUGAAGAGCACCCACUGUUUGAGCGUGUGCCCCUGGAGGAGCUGAGUGAAGACCCCAUUGUGGGACAUCUAGGUACUUCAACUGAGGAAGGAAAAAAAGUUCUACGUAAUGGAGGAAAGAAUUACCCAGCCAUCUUCCGAAGAAAACAAGAUCCCAUCCUCCAAGCAGUGACCCCCAAUCCUACCCUGCCUGAUCACUGACUGCUUACCCUGUCUUAGCUGGAGGCCCUCUUCCAGGGACUGGAAAGAGAAACAGUCCCGCUUGGGCCUUCCCAACUAGACUGGUGGGCUAUGAGGCCAUGAUCUCUCCAAGAAGUUGGAGUAGAGCCUGUCUUUACACCAACCACUGACACCUCCUGCCUCCUGCCACUCCACUGCCAGCAGAAAGCAAAUGAAGCUGACUUGGAAGGGCAAAAGACCUUGGACCAGAGAUCUUUGGAGGGAUGUGGGGUUUUGUUCUCCCUCAGCACUCCCUUCCCUUCUUGUGGGGUUUCUCCUCAGCUGGAGUGAAUGCAAUGCUUCACUGUCUAACUCUGCUUGGCUCAGGUCACCCUCCACUUGUGUUUACUUUGCAGUCCUGGGGAUAGCUGUGCGUGCCCACGUGCCCAGGCUGCUAUUUCUCAAGAAGGGCUGGGGUGUGUAUCACAUGCCUCCUCCCAUCUUCUCCCUGCCUACAACUUGACCUGGGCAAUCUUUGCUCUCUUUAUUAUUGCUUUCUUUGGAGGGUGAGAGGGCGAAGACUCUUGCCUUUUCAGUAUUGACCUUUGAAUCCAGAAUAUCAGAACUGACUGAUUGGCACAGUACCUGAUGGGAUGCAGAGGGUAAGGAGCAGGGAGCUAAACUAGAGAAUUACAAAAGUUUUUUAACUUUA